CCCCGCCCGCCCCGCUCCGCCCCGCGGCCCCUCCGCCGCAGCCGCCGCUCUCCCCGCAGCAACUUCGGUGUCCGCCCCGGGGACAGCGGCCGGAGCCGGGCUCGGGAAGGGACAGGGACGGCGGCAGGGGCCGGGCAGAGUCGGGCAUGCCGGCGGCGGCGGGCGAUGGGCUCCUGGGCGAGCCGGCGGCCGUGGCGGCGGGCGGGGAGGCGCGGCGGGCGGCGGYGGACGGUGGCUCCUUCCUGGCCGCCUGGCUCAGCGCCGCCGCGCCCCGGGAGCGGCUCCGCGACUUCCAGCACACCAAGAGGGUCGGCAACUACCUGAUCGGCAGGAAGCUGGGAGAGGGCUCCUUCGCCAAGGUCCGCGAGGGGCUGCAUGUGCUCACCGGAGAGAAGGUGGCAGUGAAGGUGAUCGACAAGAAGAGAGCCAAGAAGGACACGUAYGUCACCAAGAACCUGCGGCGGGAGGGGCAGAUCCAGCAGAUGAUCCGGCACCCCAACAUCGCCCAGCUGCUGGACAUCCUGGAGACAGAGAACAGCUACUACCUGGUCAUGGAGCUGUGCCCUGGCGGCAACCUGAUGCACAAGAUCUACGAGAAGAAGAGGCUGGAGGAGCACGAAGCCCGCAAGUACAUCCGGCAGCUCAUCCUGGCCGUGGAGCACCUGCACCGCGCCGGCGUCGUGCACAGAGACUUGAAGAUAGAAAAUCUGCUGCUGGAUGAAGACAACAAUAUCAAGCUUAUUGACUUUGGAUUGAGCAACUGUGCAGGAAUCUUGGGUUAUUCUGAUCCCUUCAGCACCCAGUGUGGGAGCCCAGCAUAUGCAGCCCCUGAACUUCUGGCGAGGAAGAAGUACGGGCCCAAAAUAGACGUCUGGUCCAUAGGGGUGAACAUGUACGCCAUGCUGACUGGGACACUGCCCUUCACUGUGGAGCCCUUCAGCUUGAGAGCCUUGUACCAAAAGAUGGUGGACAAAGAAAUGAACCCCUUUCCCACGCAGCUGUCCUCAGCGGCCAUAACCUUCCUGCGCUCUCUGCUGGAGCCGGACCCUGCCAAGAGACCCAACAUCCAGCAGGCCCUGGCGAACAGAUGGCUCAACGAGAACUACCCGGGGAGGGCACCGCCCAACGUCACCUACCCCAACAGGAUUCACCUGGAGGACCUGAGCCAGAGCGUGCUGCUGCACAUGACCGAGAAGCUGGGCUACAAGAACAGCGAUGUCAUCAACACCGUGCUGUCCAACCGCGCCAGCCACACGCUGGCCAUCUACUUCYUGCUCAACAAGAAGCUGGAGCGCUACCUGGCCAGCCUCAGGAAGGCUGAAGGCCAGGACAGCAUUUGCCACAAGAACCAGCUGUACCAGAUAGAAAAAUACAAGGCAAAUAAAGACUCCUAUGAGGACAAAAAACUCAAAGAGCAAGAAAAGAAAGGGGAGAUCCUUCACCGUCAGCUCCCAAAGAGAACUGAGAAAGGUCCAGUUUCAUAUAGACAGCCUUCUUCCUGUCUUAUCUCGCAGAUCCAGAACACCAAGGCUCUGCUGAAGGACCGGAAAGUCGCCAAGGCUGAGGGUCCAGACAAAGACUCUGGCGGYGGGCUGAGCCCUUUCCAUGAGCCCCUGGUGACCAAGACGGGCUGUGUGACCUCCAGCUCCCUGGAGUACCUGGAGGUGCAGCAGCCCCCGCCCAGGACGCCCCGGCUCCUCAAGAGGCAGGAGUCUCCGCAGCCGGAGCCRUCCCGCAUCGGGGGCCGGCCCAGGGACUCACCCCUCAUCCUCAACAUCGUGCACUCCUUCGAGUCGGUCGACAGGGAGGACCAAAUGGACCAGGUUUCCCCCUCCCAUCAGUACCGAGUUCUGGGMUCGCCGAUGAAUUUCCCUUACAAAAGCUCCAGUGAAAGGACACUGUCCCCGCUCUUCCCCCCGGGCAGCGCGUCCCCGAUCCACCCCACCCAGGUCUCGUUCACGUACGAGGAAAAAGCGUACCCAGCGAAGGAAGAGGCCGUGUCCCCCACUCAGCUGGCUCCCAGCAACCCCCUGGGCAGCCCAAACUGUGUGAAAAGCCGGGGCAGGUUCCCCAUGAUGGGGAUCGGACAGAUGCUGCGCAAGAGGAGCCUGACCAUGCAGCCGGCCAGCGAGAAGCCGCUGGAGGCCAGGAUGCCUCAGCUGCAGCAGAUGAGCCCCACGCAGAUCUCCUUCAACACAGAGGCUCUCAGCGGCCAGUGUUAGCCCGACACGCUGGGAUUUGUGCUGCUCUGCUCUGGGAUCUGACCUUUUUCCCCUUUAGGCACGAAGGGAAGGCCACGGGCGCGUUGCCGUCGCUGUGCGAUGCCCCACAGCGCUGCGGUGCGCGAGAUCAGAGGGUUUGCUCGCGAGGAAGGCGCUGCCCGACAUAUUAAAGCUGCAAGGAAAKGGCUCUGCUCAUGCUACAAAGAAAUACUCACAUUUGGCAUCUGACUGUACAGUAAAACGCCCCGAAGGAGCCGCGUGGAUCUGCAUUUUCGCUGCUCUGCCCUGGCGAGAUCAGGUGGAAGAGCCGCGAGCGCCGAGGUUUGGGUUCCUGCGGGAAAUCCACGGUGCCAGGCUGGGAGCUCUGGUGACACUGUCCCUGCCCCACCUGCCUGUGCCACACAGCACGUGGUGCCACUGCUGGCACUGUCCCUGGGGCAGGCAARGGCAAAAACCCAGACACUGAGCCCAAAGCCAGCUGGCAAAUCCUGCAGAGGAGAUGGUAGAAGCUUGGAUAAAGAAACGAGCGGUGUAAUUCAGAAAAAGUGGGAAUAUUGGAAUUCAAGGCAGAUUUUGCUGUUAAUUACAUAAAGUAGGUAAUAACACACAGUCAUUUUUUUUCAUAAAGAAAACUAUGAUUUAAUCAUGUCUCUCACCAGAAACGUGAUCAUUUAAGAACAAGUGUCAUCAUGUGGAAAUUCACUGCAUUAAUGGCCAGUUCCUUUCUCAGGAGGGGUUUGCAAGCAGGUGCUGCAGAAGAAACCCAGAUUGCAGCAGGCUGUGUUUGAACCAUCAGCCAGCUCCUGCGUCAGCCCCUGUCACAGCAUUGGGCACACCUGAAAGCUUCUCYGGGACUGCAGGGAAUUCAAAGACUGAGAAAGGACACGUGAACCUGCACCAAGUCCAUUUUAUACUCCAAGAUUGGUAAUGGUUACCAAAAUCUGGAUAUUGUUACGAGCAGUGAAGAUUAACUUUCUUAGAAGACACCACAUUCUGUAUACCAGUCUUGUUUUUCUAAGUAAAUUAUACAUCUGAGAGGUUGGCAGCAUUUUUUUGUUUCUGUUUCCGUCUUUAAACCAUUUCCUAUAAAUUAGAAGGUUUAGCCAAAGACUAAGGCUGUUUUUUUCUCUCGUUUGUACCGCCCCUGUGUGCAUGUUUGUGUGCUCAGAGCAUCUCAGCAAAGCUUGUUCCCCUCUGGUUCCCACCUGGGCAGCCCUGGCCCUGCUGCCAUCACUUCAUGGCAUUUCCAAACCCAGGCAGCAGAGGCGGUAUCUCCUUGCUGUUGGAAGAUGGGAUUUUGCCAUUGGUAGGAAUCCAGGCCCUGUCUUCAUCCUUAUUCUUACAAUUUCAUUGCCCCGUUGGUGUCUGUGCAAAUAACACACAUGAAAACCCCAAUAUGAUGAGAAAGACAGCCUUGAAAUAAUGUUAUCCGUUUUAAGAUGAGGAAAUGUUACAUUCUGUUUGUGGAGACCACCUGUKCAUCCCAGGGGCCCAUUUUAGCUCCUUCAUUUUCAUUCAGAGAAUUUUCAUUCCCUUCACCUUAAGAACACGUUUGUGCUGCAAAGCCAGUGGGCAGGGACUGCUGAAAUCAGGGAUCACUGAAAUCAAGGAAUCAGUGAAAUCAGGGACCACAGAAAUCAGGGAUCUCUGAAAUCAGGGACUGCUGAAAUCAGGGAUCAGUGAAAUCAGGGAUCACUGAAAUCAAGGGAUCACUGAAAUCCCUCCCUUUGUGUCCAUCACACUCACAUACACAAACAGAUGGCAGAUGCUGACUUGGAUUACAAACUCAGGUUAAUUUARAAUCCAAUAAAAGGUUGGGGGAGGCAAGAAAGAC